AUGAUCGCAUUUUUUGUAAAGAAAGUAACUCCCUCCACAGGCGCGGAGAUUUUAAGUUUGUCGUGGCAAAACGGCUCUGGAUUGCUGGCACUCGGUUGCCGAGAUGGAAUGCUCAAGGUUGUCGACGCCAGCCACAUCCUCGGAGCGGUAUCGAGGGAUUCGGUGAAGGAAGAAGAUGGAACGGGUAGCCGCCCGCGGACUGAAAGUAAAAUUCAUCAGCUUCAGACGCUUUCCACUCCCAAAGAUCCAGGGGCAACGCAUACUGCGGACGUUCACCUAGUGGCGUGGAACGAAAGCGAGAACAGUCUGACGUCCGUUGACCGCGCUGGGUGUAUUGCCAUAUGGAGAGCAGAAGCUAGCCGGUGGGUGAACGAGUUGACGAACACCGAUAACUCAAAGAAAGUCGUCGAUGUCGCUUGGGCGCCGGACGGGAAAAAAAUUUGUAUCCUUGCCGCGGACGGAAAUCUUGUUCUCGGCGCAGCCAACGGCAAACGCUUGUGGAGUAAAGACUUGAAACGCGCCAUGACUCGGGCAGCUUGCAUCGCGCAGAAAAAGCACCUUCACACGCUUGUCGUACCCAACCAUGUUGAAGCGACUGCUUUUAGCUGGGCUGCUGGUGGAGACUGCUUGGCUGUAGCCUCAAAAGGAGUUGUUCUCUUUGCGACAGUCCGCAUGAAAACGCCGGCAGCAUAUUUCGCGCAGACACUUGCCUACGCACACACGGCGUCGCCCACACGCGGCCAGGCGUUUGCGCUUUGGUUCUGGAACGUUGACACCAGCAGCAAACAUCUCCGCUACAUACGCCUGCCUCUUCGGCAGCUGCUUGGCUCUGGACAGUGCUGUGUGGUUAUCACGGAUGCACACGAGGAAGAGGGGACGACUGAAGCUGUCGAGGAUUCUCACAAGAGCGAGAAUUCGGCUGAGAAAAAUUCCAAUCCGCAGAAGGACUUGAGGAAGCAGUUCGCGGUUAGCCUUUACAAUAGCAUUGCCGAACCCAUGAAAACGACUUACACUGAAGUCGAGCCGGAGUUCGCAGCCAUAACUGACGGCCACGUCCUGGUCGCGGACUGCCGCCGGGUAUUUCUUUGGCGGUUCGCGACAAGCAGAGAGCAGACUGGCAAGACACAAACUGCGCUGGAAAGGCCGAACCCCGCUGGGAAGAACAGCGCAAUGGGCAGCGUUGCGGCAUCGUGCUCAAUCAUGGCCAGUCUGGCGGGCACUGAAGACACUCCAUGUUUGGGACGGAGCGAGACAGUUGUCGAAGUCGAGACAGCCCUUAGUACCGGAAGCACAGAGGAAGGCCAAAGUGCAAAAACCGCGCGAAAUUGUGCAGGCGGCCAACCCCGUUGGGGCCGAGGCGGGAAUCAGGCUCGAAACCCAAUUGUUGCUCUCGCCGCCGCCAACGGCUGCUUCGUCGUAGCGCGGAGAAACGGAGAACUCCGCCGGUACUCCUUACCAGGCGCCGAGCUGGAAGCGAUCUGUAGUACCGAAACACCUCCUUUGUCUAUCUACUUGAACUGUGACGCCACGCGAUUGGCAGUCAUCGACAUCUUCAACAGUUUGGCCUUGCGCCACGCAGUGCCUCCCAGUUUGCCAGAGGAAGAGAACGUGGAGUCGCCGGAACCAAGUCACCGCCAGGAAGGGCAGUUGUUUGGAGCCUCCAUGAACUUCGCAAGACAAGAUGUCUUUGACGUCUUGUGGUCCCGUGAUGAGGCUGACCUUUUCGCUAUGGUGGAAAAAAGCACGAUUUACCUUGUCAGGGGGACAGCGCUGGAGGAACCGCUGAGGUGCUCCGCAUCCUUCCUGGGGGACCUCAAUGAGUUGCGCCUUGAGCUUUUCUACUUGGAUGAGCUCCAGAAGACGCCUGCGGAACCAAACACCUGCCUUCACAGGCUUCACUACGAAACGAAGAGAUUACGGGACACACGUGAUAUCCUCGAGAAAGCACAAGAACUCGAUGACGCGAUCACUUACGCCGAAAAUGCGUCUCACACCAGUCUGUGGAAACUCAUCGCUCGAAGCGCUCUUGACAAGAUGAAACUCGACAUAGCCGAGAAGGCCUUCGUCACUUGCCAGGACUACUGCGGUCUGCAGUUCAUAAAGCGUCUUCGAUCCCUGGACGCGGAGAAGCGGGAGGCGGAGGUUCGUGCGUACUUUGGAGACUUUGACCGGGCAGAAGCUCUGUACCUCGAGAUGGAUCGCCGCGACCUCGCCCUCACUUUGCGAUCAGAUGUCGGGGAUUGGGCGCGCGUGAUUCAGCUGGCUCGGGAUCCGGCCGCAGCGGGUUUGAUGUGUACCUCUGACGUGUUGCAGAUUGCCACCAAAGCCCUUGGAGACAGCUGCCGAGAGCGGGGGCAGUGGCCGGAAGCUAUUCAAGCGUAUCGAUCCAUCGGUGAUCACCGCUCCCUUGCACAUGCCUACCACAUUAUGGAGCAGUUUGAUGAACUGGAAAAUAUGAUUGGCGAUCUCCUGCCGGACACCCAUCGAGAGCAGCUUCUCGAGAUUGGCGAAAAACUCGCCUCGGUCGGGCUGUGCCCAGCGGCUGUGAGAGCGUUCACGAAAGCCGGGGACACAAAAGCUGCAGUCGACUGCUGCAUUCGCUUGAAUGAAUGGGAUACUGCGAUUACACUAUCCGAGCAAGCGCGCUUUCAGGAGGUCGAAGCUCUCCUCACAAAAUGUGCAAGACACUUGCUAGACCAGAGUAAACGCAUUCAGGCAGUGCAACUCUAUCAACGAGCUCAGAAGCCCUUGGAGGCAGCCACGAUCCUCAUGCAACUCGCUUCUCGGGGCGAGGGAUCUGCCCCCCACCCCGGGAUACAGUCUCCGCAAUACAAACCCGAGAGGAAGAAAAAGCUCUACGUGCUCGCGGCUCUAGAAGUUGAGAAGUUCGCACAGCAAAAACUCCAGGGGGGCCUCCAGGCGCAGUCACCCACAAUGCAAAGAUCAGGCGACCCGUCUGCUUCAUCGACUGCUUUGGGAAAUGCAACAGCGGCUGCAGGGGAAGCCACCGGCGCCGAGGGUGUAGUAGGGACAGGGACGCCUGCUACAAGGUCUGCUUUACUUCCUCAGACGCAUACGUGCCCUAUGACCCAAGGAAACGCAUUUCAGAAAGCCGAGAACAAAGCAUUAGAUCGUCGCUGGCGUGGGGCUGAGGCUUUUCAUCUGUAUUUGCUAGUUCACAAGCAGUUGACGAACGGAGCCUACGACGCCGCUGUGUGCACAGCUGUGCAGUUGACGGAGUAUUCCGACUUUGUGGACGGUUUAACAGCCUUUUCCAUCCUGGCGCUCGCCAGCUUCUAUGCGCGCAACUGGGAGCUCUGCUCCAAAGCGUUUAUGUACCUGGAAAACUGCAGCGAUGUGCCGGAGGAGCAGAGAGAAGCUUUCGGAGAACUUGCAGUCGAAAUUUUCAGCCGACACCCACCCCCAGCUCAUGAGAACGAAAACCCGCCUCUUGUGGAGUCCCGUUCAGCUUCUGCGUCGCCAGCGGGCGUCCCAUACACCAGGAUGAUCCCUCCACCCCUCGAACUACUGGCGAAGUUGGUGGAUUCUCGAAUUAUGGCUCGGCUCAACAAGAGUUGCUAUCGUGUCGCACAUGUCGUCACAAAAUGUUCGCAAUGGAGGCGCGAUGUCUUGAAAAUUGUCCUCUAUGUCACUCACCUCUGUAAAAUGGGGUACCGAGCGUACGGCACAAACGCCGCUUUGCCGCUGUAG